CGCUCCGUCACGAGACCGCGGAUGAUUGUUAGUCAUGGGGGACAGGUCCUUCUUGCUGCUGCUUCAUCUUCUUCAGACUUAACAACUGGCUAAUUUUAAAACCUUCAACAAAAUUAUAAAAUUUUUCAUGUUUUAAAAACAACAGACAUGGCUAACAACAUAGCGAAGAAGGUGUCGUGGUCUGGAGAGGGGACGCCGCUUCUGAACGGGGCUGAGGAGAGAAGAUAUAGCGGACAGCCAUCUGGAGGCAGUAUGUUUCACAUAGGCAAGAUGAGCACUGUGGAUCUGGAGGAGGAAUCCGUCACACCAGAAGAGGACCCCAUGAGGCGCCGACCGAGUGAGAUUCCACACAACGAGAAGCUUCUCUCGCUCAAAUACGAGAGUCUGGACUACGACAACCUUGAGAACCAGUUGUUUCUGGAAGAGGAAAGGCGCAUGAGUCCCAUGAGCUUCAGAUGUCUGGAGAUAUGUCGCUGGAUCAUUUGCGGGCUCAUCGGCGUCCUGACGGGAUCCAUCGCUUUCUUCAUCGACAUUCUGGUGGAGAAUCUGGCUGGAUUGAAGUACGACGUGAUCAAGGAGUACAUCGACAAAUUCACAGAAGCCGGCGGUCUGUCCAUCUCUCUGAUCCUGUGGGCCGUCUUGAACUCGGCCUUCGUCAUGCUCGGAGCCUUCAUCGUCGCUUUCAUUGAGCCCAUCGCUGCAGGGAGCGGGAUUCCACAGAUCAAGUGUUACCUAAACGGAGUGAAGAUCCCGCGAGUCGUCCGGCUCAAGACUCUGGUGGUAAAAGUGUGGGGUGUGAUCUUCUCAGUGGUUGGAGGCCUCGCUGUGGGAAAGGAAGGGCCGAUGAUCCACUCGGGAGCCGUCGUGGCAGCCGGGGUGUCCCAGGGCCGGAGCACGUCUCUCAAAAAAGACUUCAAGAUCUUCGAGUAUUUCCGUAGGGACACAGAGAAAAGGGAUUUUGUCUCAGCCGGAGCCGCUGCUGGAGUUUCUGCAGCGUUUGGAGCUCCUGUUGGUGGAGUUCUGUUCAGUUUAGAAGAAGGGGCAUCUUUUUGGAAUCAGAUGCUCACCUGGAGGAUUUUCUUUGCAUCGAUGAUCUCCACCUUCACACUGAACAACUUCCUGAGUUUCUACAAGCAGAAACCCGGCGAGCUCUCCAGCCCUGGUCUCAUCAACUUUGGCACGUUUGACUCUGAACAUGUGCAGUACAGUCUCUACGAGUUUCCUCUCUUCAUAUGCAUGGGAGCCAUUGGUGGCAUACUGGGAGCAGUGUUCAACACCCUCAAUUACUGGUUGACAAUUUUCCGAAUCAGGUACGUGCACCGGCGCUGCCUGCAGGUGAUGGAGGCCAUGCUGGUGGCUGCUGUUACGGCCACCGUGUCCUUCGCCAUGAUUUAUUUCUCCACCGACUGCCAGCCUCUGAAGAAGGGGUCACCGGAGGAAUACCCUCUACAGCUCUUCUGUGCUGAUGGAGAAUAUAAUGCAAUGGCGACAGCAUUCUUCAACACACCUGAGAAGAGUGUGAGGAGUCUGUUUCAUAGUCCACCAGGCACAUAUAACCCACAGACUCUGGGAUUAUUCACCCUGACAUAUUUCUUACUGGCGUGCUGGACAUACGGCCUGACCGUGUCGGCAGGGGUCUUCAUCCCGUCCCUGCUGAUUGGGGCAGCUUGGGGGCGACUUUUUGGAAUCCUGCUCCCCAUUAUUUUCUCCACUAAAAAUUCAGUAUGGGCAGAUCCGGGAAAGUACGCCCUAAUGGGAGCCGCAGCCCAGCUCGGAGGCAUCGUCAGAAUGACCCUGAGCCUCACGGUCAUAUUGGUGGAAGCUACUGGAAGCGUGACCUACGGCCUGCCCAUCAUGCUGGUGCUGAUGACCGCUAAGAUCGUGGGGGAUUAUUUUAUCGAAGGCCUCUAUGAUGUCCACAUUAAACUGCAGAGUGUUCCUUUCCUCCACUGGGAAGCCCCUGCUACGUCUCACUGGCUGACUGCCAGAGAAGUCAUGAGCUCUCCAGUCACAUGCUUCAACAGAGUGGAGAAGGUGGGCACCAUAGUGGACGUCCUCAGCGCCACGUCCACCAAUCACAACGGUUUCCCAGUAAUCAUGCAGGCUAGCUCCAGUGACGAGCCUGGGAAACUCUGUGGCCUCAUCCUCCGCUCUCAGCUCAUCGUCCUGCUCAAACACAAGGUGUUUGUAGAGAGGGUGCGCUCUCGACUUUGUAGACGCAGACUGCAGCUAAAAGACUUCCGGGAUGCGUACCCCCGUUUCCCCCCCAUCCAGUCCAUCCACGUCUCCCAGGAUGAGAGAGAGUGCAUGAUGGACCUGACGGAGUUUAUGAACCCCACCCCCUACACCGUACCUGAGGAAACAUCCCUCCCUCGUGUGUUUAAGUUAUUCCGGGCCUUGGGGCUCAGGCACUUGGUGGUGGUUGAUGAUCAGAACAGGGUCAUGGGGCUAGUGACCAGGAAAGAUCUGGCACGUUACCACCUGGGCAAACACGGCCUGGAGGAGCUGGACCUGGCUCAUCCAUGAUCUUCACCUUCUCUCUGGUGGUCCUGGUGGAAAAGCAGCUCCGUAACAUCACUGCCCGAGUCCUCAACAGUCGCAAAACUCCAGAAAACAAGAAGUCUCUUCCGGACUUGGAACAUUCUCUCUCUGAUGUGACAAGCCGAGCAAAAUCAUGACGCAUUUCAGUAUUUGAUGAAUCAGAUGGCCAUGUUGUCACGUCUGCUCGGUGUAUCUCCUCUUUCACGUCAUCGAGUGCUCAAACUAAGGGCUCAGGUUGAAUUGUGAAAUAAUUUUUUUUUUGCCUGUACGUUUACCGGAAUAGCACACACGUUUACUUCGAGUUUAGUCAUGUCUUUAUUUAUUGCCUUCUUUUUUUGCUAAAAUCUUGUACGUCCCAGACAGCAGGCUACCAUCCCAUACAGGAUGUUCAAUUGUUUUUAUACAGAAAUAUAUUUCAAAAUGGUGGUAGUGUGCUGUUAAAGGGGCAUGGCCAUGUUGUGUGUUUUAUGUUCUUCCUUAAUUUCACCGUGCCUUCGAGGUUUGACACAUACCGUUAACCGGAUCUUCGUUAAAGGUUCGGAUUCAGGUGGAUCUCAAAUGGCCUUAAGAUUUAUUCGAUGUCAAAUCUGUGGAUCUAGUGACCGAGUGUCGUAUCAUAAUAGCUUCCUGUUCGUUGGAAAGUGUCACGUGUCAGAGAAUUAUAUUCCUUUCAAUCCACUCCAGACACAUUAUGCUGUUCUUCAGUAAGGUUUAUUAGGAAUCCACGUUCAUUAAGUUAUUUUGCACAUAAAGGUUCCAGGCUUCGAUGUUUUUAAAUGUUUUUGAACUUUUGCACUAAAAUAAAAUAAAUCAAGACGAAUAGGUGAAUCCGCAUCUUUUAAUGAAAAGUUUGAAACCUUUAAAAUAUACAUUAUUAUUAUUAUUAUUAUUAUUAUUAUUAUUAUUAUUAUUAUUAUUAUGGGAGCAGCAUUGCAUCCUUUUCCAUUCUGUAUAACAAACCAAAGGACCAUUAACCCAAUUUUUCAUGUUUAAUGCUGAUGGUUUGAACAUAGUAGCAUUUCUUUGGUUUAUUGAAAUGUUUUUACAGUGUGUAAAUAUAUAUGUGGACUAAUAAACGUUAAUCAGUUGUGUAAUUUCACGCUGUUCCUCAUUAAUAAGUGGCACUAAAUAAUUAACCCUUAUACCAGUCAUGGUCUAGAUUCUCUCAGCAGAUGCCCUUCACAGGUUUCUAUCA